GCCCUCAUCGAUCGAUCGAUCGAUAUAAAUCUAUAUAUAUCUCUCUACGUAUAUAUUUUUUUUCUUCUCCUCUUCUUUCCAAAGCUAAGCUCUGAAAUAUAUCAAGACGAAUUCCAGAAGGCCCGAAUCGAUUUCCAUCAAUAUCUACGGACACAUCCAUCCAUUUUUUUUCCCUCCUCUUCUCAUCAAUCAACUUCUUCUUUCUUCGUGUUCUUCAGCUCUGCUAGCUACUAACCCUCGGAGCAGGUAACAAUUUAAUCUCGUUAAAUAGUGGGUGUUAAUUAACCCGGGGAAGGGGGCCCGGGCAACUCUCAAUCCGGCCAUCACAUCAUGGAUACUGCUUCUUCCUCCUCCCUGUUGCUGCAUUCAUCUCGCACCAUCGUAGACGACGACCCUUUCAGUUGAAUUCAUUAUUAUUGCAAGAUUGAUUUCUUCUUUGUUUUUUCUUUAUCCUCUUUUGCUUUAGCUUCGAUAGCUAGCUUAGCUGCUUGAAUUGGUGUUUGUUUCAACUCUCUGAAGCUCUCUGGAAGAACGGGCGGCGGCGGCGGGGUAUAUCAUGACGUGGUGCAGGUGAUGGUGGGGAUGAUGGAGACGAGCCCGGACGACGGCGGUGGCGGCGAGGCGAUGGCGGCGGCGCAGCAGACGGAGGAGGACAUGGGGCCACCGUGGCUGCGGCCGCUGCUGUCGACGAGCUUCUUUGUGGCGUGCGCGUCGCACCCGGAGCUGAGCAAGAACGAGUGCAACCUCUUCUGCCUCGGCUGCACCGGCGACGCCCUCUGCGCCUACUGCCUCCCCGCCCACCGCGACCACCACGUCGUCCAGAUUCGGAGGUCGUCGUACCACAACGUGAUCAGGGUGUCGGAGGUGGGGAAGCUGAUCGACAUAUCGCACGUGCAGACGUACGUGAUCAACAGCGCCAAGAUCGUGUUCCUCAACGGCCGCCCGCAGGCGAGGCCCGGGAAGGGCGUCACCAACACCUGCGAGAUCUGCUGCCGCAGCCUCCCCGACUCCUUCCGCUUCUGCUCCCUCGGCUGCAAGCUGGGAGGAAUGCGGUGGGACCCAAGCCUGACAUUCGCCAUCCGGCCGAAGCGCGGGCAGGACUCCGGCGACGGCGGCUCCGGCUCCGACUACGACUCCUUCAGCCCCAAGAAGGCGAGGAGGGCGGCGGCCGGCUACGAUCAGCUCGGCCGGUUCGACCGGGGCAUGAUCCGGUGGUCCGACGACGAGGGCAGCAAGUCCAACACGGCGCCGAUCACGCCGACCACGCCGCCGAUCAGCCGGUGCCGGCCGUCGAGGAGGAAGGGCAUCCCCCACCGUGCACCCUUCUACGGUUAGCUCACACACUACACCAACCAAAAAAAAAAUUAUCACCCAUCACCAGCAUAUACUAGUCUGUCCUUAAAAAAAGCAAACUCUAGCUACGAUUCUAGACAUAUCGUAGCUAGGAUUGUAAUUUUUUUUGGACGGAAGGGGUAUAUCACUAGCUCUUCAGCCAAAGUGACCAAACCUAGCUAUCACCAGUUCACUGCUAGUACUAGCUAGCCACAUAUAUGUACAUGAUCAAGUGUCAGGUCUGAAAUAGUGAAGUGAUAUCCAAUCAGCUACUGUUAGGUCACUAGCUAGAUAUGAUAUGUUGAUUAGCAGCUAGCCUGAUACAUAUAGUUGUAUAAAAUAUACAAGUGUACACAAUAAUUAAUCUAGGUCAUGAAGUAAGUAUAUAUGUGUACAUAUGAAAUAUAUUGGCAAAUGUUGUCAUCUGGAGUAAGUUAUAAAGGCCAUGGUGGUGAUGGCCUGCUUUCAUGCAUGUAGACACAAGGUUAAGUUAAGACAAGAAAAAGGGAGACACAGGGAGGAUAGAAACAUAGGUAGUGGUUUUUAGGUAGGUCGAGAUUAAUAUGUGAAAAAGGAAUAAGCAUCAUGUAUUUAUCUCGGUUUGUGUAGUAGUAUAUACUUGGCUGUUUGCCCCCACCACCCAAUGCGUUUAUUAGCGUUGUGGUGUGUAGUUUUCCACUUUUAAGUUUCAGAGUUUCUCCUUUGAUCCUCUGGGACUUAAUUUGUAUAGACAAUGUAUGAUGUUUUACUUGGAAAAAUAAGGGAAAAAAUAGAAUGAUGGAUGACUUAAUUAAGUUGCUUGAAUUACUCUCUUGUAAGUGGAAGUGGUUAUGCACCCACAACUCUGUAAUAUAUUUAACUUCAAUUUUUUUCACAA